GUUGAUGCACUCAGUGACAAGAUUUAAGCAAACACCAAAGGCCACGGAUGAGGUGGACAAUGGUAUUUAUAUGGCGGUUUGGUGGGCUCAAAAAGGACUUCAACUUAGAUGUGAACCCUAUCCUCUUUGCACAGGCUUAAGGAUUUAAAGCAUUAGUCAUUCUUUAAGGUGAGCACCAGAGACUUGUGAAUCUGCUGAAAUCCGGUGGAAGAAAAUGGGUUAACCUAGAAAAAAACUGUCUGGGCUUGCCUUUGCAGUCAUGCCAUUCAGCACACAAACGAUUGCAUAAGGGCCAGUCAUUCAGCAGUUGACACACUGCGCUUCCUAAAGCAAGACCGUCCAGCUUUAAGCUGGGAUGCAAACCAUCGGGCUAUUUUUCCUGUGGGUACUGGGAACAUCAGCGUUGUUGCCAGACCCCAGUCCCACCAAAGAAGAACCCAUCCCGUGUUCUAAAGGAUGCACCUGUCUACACGAUGAGUACAGCUUGGAGCUCAACAUGUACUGCAGCGCCCGCAACUUCACUCAACUCCCGACCGACAUGCCACGAUCCACGCACUCCCUCUGGCUGGACGGCAACCUAUUCACCUUGCUUCCGGCGGCCUCCUUCAAGGAUCUGAACACUCUCAACUUCUUGAACUUGCAGAGUGGCCAGCUGGCGAGUGUUGACGCUCAGGCCUUCAGAGGACUGAGGUCGCUGGCUCAUAUUCACCUGGAGCGCAAUCGCCUGCGCACAUUACCAGGUAACAUCUUCCAGAACACGCCAAACCUAGCCUCUAUUAGUCUGCACAACAACCAGCUCAGUCGAGUUGAUGAGAGACUCUUUUCUGGACUUUCGCACAUGUGGCUUCUGAACUUGGGGUGGAACUCCAUAGCGGUCUUACCUGAGACGGUUUUCCACGACUUACACGGCCUGCGGGAGCUCAUUUUAGCUGGAAAUCGACUUGCUUACUUGCAGCCACAACUCUUCCAGAAUCUGGCUGAGCUGAAAGAGUUGGAUCUUACGGGAAAUUACCUAAAAGUCAUCAAAGCCAACGUGUUUGUUAAGCUAAUUAAACUACGGAAACUCUACCUGGCCCAGAACCAAAUUGGGACCGUGGCACCAAGAGCCUUCAUAGGCAUGAGAGCUCUCAGAUGGUUGGAUCUCAACAACAACAAGCUGACUUCUCUCCAUGAGGACACCUUCUUGGGCUUGCAUACUCUUCACGUGCUGCGGCUUUCCAACAACUCAAUCGCCGGCAUCAGGCCCAGGACGUUCCGUGAUCUGCUGUUCUUGGAGGAGCUGCGACUCAGCCACAACAAAAUCCGUGCCCUGGGAGACAGAGUUUUUGAAGGCCUUGGCCAUCUCGAGGUUCUAGAGCUUGAGCACAAUCAAGUCCAGGCGGCACAAGAGGGGAGUUUUACAGGACUAUCCCACGUGGCCGUUAUCAACCUGUCCGGAAGCUGCUUCCACAGUCUACCGGAUCAGGUCUUCAAAGGUCUGUCCAAGCUUCACAGCCUUCAUCUGGACAAAGGCUGCCUUACAAGAAUUACAACCCAGGCCUUCACAGGUCUCUCCGGUCUGAGGAGACUUUUCCUGCAGCACAACAACAUAUCCGCAGUGGAACGCCAGAGCUUUGCAGACCUGGCAGGCCUGUUGGGACUGGACUUAAGUUUUAACAAGCUGGACGUUCUCACGAGCAACACAUUCUCCGGGCUUAAGAAUCUGGAAUACUUGGUCCUGUCCAACAACGAAUGCCGUCAAUUUUUGCAAAACGGCACCAAGAAUCUUCUGCCGAGAAUGCGCUACCUUGACCUGAGAGCUAACACCCUGACCAGCCUCGUCCCGGACUUCUCAGAGAACAUGGAGAAGCUCUUGUUGUCCGGAAACCGCUGGAGGUGCGACUGUGGGGCACUGCCGUUACGUAACUACAGCUUGAGGAAUCCACAGGUGGUUCCUCGGAGGGUGGAGACCCACGCAGAAGGCGACGAACCCGACAGUACUAUCACGAUAUACAACAACAUAACAUGCGCUAGCCCGACACGUUUGGCCGGCCAGGAUCUAAGGGAUAUCGACACAGAACUUUUCCAGACUUGCAGAGCAGCUGCGCACUAAUGUGUGCCGUUAUAAACGCAGAUGUGCGUAGGGUGCCGCUAUCCGUGGGGGCCCCUUUUUGCAUGAAGAAGUGCAUAGAAAAUGUCAAAUAAUCAAUGACAAAGUGGUUCAAUUGAAAUUUUACCGCAAACAUAUUCCGAGUCACUUCCUGCUAUAAAAUAUAAUAACAGAUUUCCCCACUGUGUUCGAAUUGUGGUCUGAGUUGAGUUCGGACCAUUUAUAAAUUUAUGUUUUAAUGAUGUUAAAACUGUUAUUUUGUCGUGAUGGGAAUCUUACAACUCUCGAUUCGAUCCGAUUCAGAUUCUUGAGGCAAUGAUUCGGUUCAAAUCGGUUCUCGAUUCAAACUAGGGAUGGGCGAUAUAGGCUAAAGUCUAUAUCCCAAUCUUUUAUUUGGCAUAUAAAUAGAACCUUUUCAAAACAGGUUACAAAGGCUCUUAAUUUGGCUUCUGAAGUAUGCCGUCUCAUAUUGGGCCAUUUCCCAUUGUAUUAUUUUGUCAAAACUACAUAUAGACCGUAUUUUUCGGACUAUAAGUCGCUCCGGAGUAUAAGUCGCACGGGCAGAAAAUGCAAAAUAAAGAAGGAAAAAAAUAUAUAUAAGUCGCACUGGAGUAUAAGUCGCAUUUUUUGGGGAAAUUUAGUUGAUAAAAUCCAACACCAAGAAUAGACAUUUGAAAGGCAAUUUUAAAUAAAUAAAGAAUAGUGAACAACAGGCUGAAUAAGUGUACGUUAUAUGAGGCAUAAAUAACCAACUGAGAACGUGCCUGGUAUGUUAACGUAACAUAUUAUGGUAAGAGUCAUUCAAAUAACUAUAACAUAUAGAACAUGCUAUAUAUAUAUAUAUAUAUAUAUAUAUAUAUAUAUAUAUAUAUAUAUAUAUAAUUUCUAAUUUACUGUAACAUUUGUUUACUUUCUGUUGUAACAUGUUUUAAUACAGUACAGGCCAAAAGUCUAGACACACCUUCUCAUUUAAUGCAUUUUCAUGACUAUUUACAUUGUAGAUUGUCACUGAAGGCAUCACAACUAAGAAUGAACACAUGUGGAGUUAUGUACUUAACAAAAAAAGGUGAAAUAACCGAAAAUACGUUUUAUAUUCUAGUUUCUUCAAAAUAGCCACCCUUUGCUCUGAUUACUGAUUUGCACACUCUUGGCAUUCUCUAGAUGAGCUUCAAGAGGUAGUCACCUGAAAUGGUUUU